AGCAGCAAACUUUGCUGCAAAGCUUUGAUGGACGGCGAUCAUGGCCGCCCAAGUUCACGAAGUGCCAGUGGUGGCCCAUGGCCUGAGGCCCGCAGAAACAUAUGCGCAGCUGUGCCAGGCGCUGCAAGCAUUACAGUCUACUGCAACAGCCGUCUUCGAUCUGGUGGAGAGCAGAGUGGAGUCAGAGCGGGGCCGUCUGCGUGCGAUAAGCAGUCGGAUCAGGUCUGCGGAGGCAAAGAUUGCAUCCCUGACCGGUUCCACCAAGGCCAUCACGAUCUAUUCAAGCGCCAAGUAUCCAGCACAGCACAACAUCGACUAUGAGCCAGUUUUCGGUAUUCGGACUGCUCGCACUGAUGGCCCUCAGCAAGCAAUUCCUAGCGCUAUCCCAUUCAGGGGCGACCGGCAGGCCCGUCCGCAGGGCACUGAGGAGGCGCUGGAGCUCUUCCGCUUUUUCUCAGCAGCCGCCAACCAAGCACCAAUCAAAGACGAAAAGACCGAACGCCCUAGAAUCCCGGCAGACCUCCGGUCCACGGCCAACCUCCUCCUGUUUGACACCACCGAAAGUAUCUUGGAUAGGCCCGCUGCUCCUCAGAGUGGACGGUCUCAGCAGGCCUCUCCGCUUCGGGGACAGAAGCCAAAGGAGCCAAAGCCGAAGGCGUCCCCCAGCAAACCGCCUCGGACCAUCAUCCAGGGGGAUGUGCUGGCUGUCGACGAUUUGGAGCAGUUCGCCUUCCGCCCAACCCUGGAGGCGGUCCCGGCGCUCGACUUGCCUUCCGUGCUGCCUGACCUGCCGAUGAUCGCUGACAUCAGCUGGACGGGCGGUGCGGAGGACGAAGAUGGCGCCGGGUCCCUUGCAAGCGAACGAAAUGCUGGUUCUGAACCACCGCCCUCCUCCGCCCCCUCCCCACCUCCCUCCACAAGCGACCGCGCCACUCCUCCCAACCCUCACCCUCCUGUACAAACUCCACACUCUGACGUCAGCCCGACGUCAGCCUCGUCGUCCUCCAGUGAGCGCACCCGGCCAACCCCUUCCCCGGCGGCGCCGCCCCUGCCCAACGACCCCCCUUCCGUUGCCGCUGCCUCUAGUCCACCCCCGGGCGCAACAACGGAAACGACAGGCCGGGCUCCAGGACUCGGUAGAGAUGCCGCGUCCGGUAGUCAGAGGUCUCUGUCGCCGCCUCCCGCGCCACCCCCGCCGCCCCCGCCGCCGCCGAAAGGGGAACCCUCGCCCCCAGUUCCAGCCAUCGCUGGCGAUUCCGCCCGACAAGCGCUGCUGGCGUCCAUCCGGAGCCCCGGCGUCCGGUUACGGAAGGUUUCCGACGACCGAUCCCGUACACCCAGCCCCCGCAGGGAGAUGAUGGCCGCACUGAAAGAUGCACCUGGAAGUGAAGGAGCAGGCACUCGAGGGCGUAGCGCGAGCUCGCCGCCUCCGAUGGGGGAUAUGUUUGCGGAGAUGGCCAGCCACUUGAUGAGCCGGCGGCUGUCCAUGAAGGGCGGCCUGCAAAGCGCUGGUAAAGAGGUGGAGAGAGGUGCAACGGAGACAGCCGUUCGAUUUGCGAGUCCGCCUCGCCAUGUGGAACCCUCACCGCAACCGCUACCUGUGAAGACCCCAGCUCUUGCGGCGCUCGUCGCUCAAAGGAGUACGAGAAAGUCUAUAGAGAGCGACGAAGAAGAUGAUGAAUGGGACGACUGAAAACUGCGGUUUCAUACAGAUCAUUGCGCAAGCUACCAGUUUAGGGCUACUUGGCUCCAUAACUCUUAUGUAUAUAUGUCGAACCACAUCGUAAAGUCUUCAUUGCCAUUGGUAGGCAACGUAGCUGAUGAUAUACAGACUACAACGGUGGUACCAAGUGUUUGCCAAUGCUUCAAUGAUGCAAACUGGUGACUUUGUUGAAUGGACAAGGCGUGCUUGAGUAAUCACAUUUGCAGCGAG